UUUGUAGUUCACGCAGUUGCAAAGUUUUAACCAGUCACCACUGACAGAGAAAGUUGCCAGCUAUAAAUUCCAUGCAUAUACAAGAGCAAGAAAAUGAAUUACCAGAUGUUAUUAUACAAGAUGAAACACACGUUGCUCAUUGCAAUAACAACUCCAAACUCCUGUUUUAUCCAACUUAUCGAAAAAUAAGCACUGGUAGUAUUAAUUCUGUAACAUGUAGAGAAUUUAAUUCAAGUGAUCAAGCGUUGCUUAUUAACCCAACUGAUGUUGGUAGUAUUAACACAGUUGCUGAUAAUGACGAGAAGUUGACGGAUGAGGACGAAAAGUUGAUCAGAACACCAAAAGAUCUGGUGAUGUUAGUGUGUAUGGCUUUUUUGUUUUUCACAGCCACAAUGAAUAUAUCAAUGAUGUCACCAUUUUUUACACCAGUUGCUGCAACAAAAGGAAUUGGGUUAACACUGGUUGGAUUAAUAUUUGGGAUAUAUCCAUUGUGUGUGUUUUUGAUAUCUCCCAUUGCAGGGAAGUGGCUUCCUGUUGUUGGAGCAAGGUUUUGUUUGUUUGCAGGUUCGUUUCUAGAAGGAGGAAGUCUUAUACUCUUUGGAUUCGUGAUUGACAUGCCUUCCAAAACCACUUUCAUUCUCUUCUGUUUCUUGAUACGAGCAAUAACAGCUAUUGGUACAGCUUUUGCAGAAGUAGCUUGUCUUACUAUUCUAAGCAUGCAUUUUAAAAAAAGAAUGACAAUUGUCUUUGGAUUGCUGGAGUUGUUCACUGGAUUAGGUUUAAUGUCGGGUCCGGCUCUUGGUAGUUUGAUAUACAAGGCGGGUGGAUUUCGACUGCCGUUCUUGAUAUCUGGUGGAAUAAAUUUUAUUGUCAUCUUCAUUAUAUACUGGCUACUUCCUACGUCCCGAACAAAUAACAAUAGUGAAGAGGAAAAUGAAGAUGGCACACUUUCCAUAUUUUCAGUACUAUCUAUUCCAGGUGUACUUAUGUUAGCCAUUGUUACCGCAACCGGUGGCAUUUCCAUAUCUUUCAUUGAACCUGUGUUGACAAACCAUGUCCAAGAUAUAACUCAUAAUGGUUUAUCAAUAGUACAUGUGGGGUUGAUUUUUUUACUGUCGUCUGGUAUGUACACCCUUGCAGCACCUGUAGUGGGAGCUUUAAUUGGAAAAAAGAUAAAUGGAAGAAUUGCAAUUAUCGUUGGUCAUUUUAUAGGUGCAGCCUGUUUUAUGUUUCUAGGACCAUCGCCUUUAUUAAGAUCUUUUGUUAACCCACAACUUUGGGUGGUCUGUUUAUCACUGGCUGUAACUGGAAUAGCUUACGCAUUGUAUACCAUUCCAACACUGAACGAAAUGCAACUCUCCGCAAGUAAUCACGGUCUUGCAGACAAUCUCGGUAGAAGCAGCAUGCUAUCAGGAUUAUUUGAAAGUGCCUUCAGUAUAGGGAGUGUACUUGGCCCAGCAUUGUCUGGCACUCUGACUGAACACACUUCAUUCGCUUGGGCGUCAACGGUGCUAGCACUACUCCUACUUGCAGAGGGUGUUAUAUUGGUUUUGUUCACAAUUUGGGAAAGAAAGUCACAUCGAAAUCUAGAAAAUAGAAGAAACCAAAUCUGUUAAAUUUGUCGUACGAUGUGAAGUCAAAGAAGUAACGCUCUUAAAACUUAUUCCAGGAAGUAACGGCCUAAGACUUAUGGGAAAACGCCCUAGAAAACUUAGUUACGGGCGUGACGUUUUUGAAAAACUUACUUAAGGAAGUAUUGUAUUUUCUCGACAGGAAUUUUUAUUUGGUUCUGGGGCUAUGAAGAGAGUCCCUUUCUUAAACAAAACUUGUUCAAGGAAGAAAGUUGCAAACUGAGAAAGGGAGUAACGCCCUAUAAAAUUGGCUUAGGCAGUCACAGCUUAAAAAACUUAUUUAUCGCAGCAACACCCUAAAACUUAUUCAAGGGAGUAACGCCCUAAAAAAAAAUUCAGGAAAGUAACACCCUAUUUAAGGAAAUAACACCCUGAGAAACUUGUUUAAUAAAUUUGCACCUUAAGAAACUUAUUUAUCGCAGUAAUACCCUUGAAAACUUUAUCCAAGGGUGUUUGUUGGUAAAAUUUUCUUUCUUCCGUUGCUAAUAUGGCAUUACUUGAAUUUUCUGAGAGACAUCUUAUUUAUGGUUUGCGGUAUCUUUAUAUAUCGCGUGUGAAAUUAAUUUUUAUUUUUGAAUCGAAAGAAUAGAUAUCUAUGUCUAACAUUGAGUUUUUUACACAUUAUUAUAAAAGAGAGUAGAAUCAAUUUGAUUCAGAGUUAAUUAGAAAAUUGUGAGAGAAUUUUUAGAAUAAUAAUAUAAAAAUAAAAUAGAAUAAACUAUUCGACCUUGUAAUUAUCUUGGUUUAAUAAGAGUGUAAAAUUUUUUAUAGAUAUAUUUUCUACUUAUGGCAAAAUAUGCAAAUUUGUAAUCUUAUACAAUAUAAUACAUUGCAAUAUAUCUCGACA